AAGCAUUCACAGUGCAAGAUUAGCAGCGCAAGAUUGCAAUAUGAGACUAUCAGUGGUGUUCUUGAUCUUGACGAUCGUGGUGUGUGCCAUGUUCCAAGAAUCUGAAUCCUUCUUUUUUAAAAAAUCAAGGUCAAGGAAAUGUAAGAAAUGUUGUUGUAAACGCCGAUGUAAAACAACCACCACCACCACAACAACCACCACCACCACUACCACCACCACAACCACCGCAGCAACUAAUGGAACAGGUAGAAGAAGACGCGACAUCAUGGACUCAAUUCCAUUUGAAUUUGAAAAUUUAAUCCAGAAUGGAAACUAUAACAAAUUUGUUGAAUUUGAAAAUUCAACUACAGAUGGAAACUAUAAAAUGUCAAGACUUUAUUAGAAAAUUAUAUAACUAUAAUUGCAUUACUCAGUAAGAUAAACUGUUACUUAGAGUAGUAUCUAAAUUGUCUACGUAAGCAAAUCUACAUUGAAUAGCAAUAAAGAUGUAUCAAACGCUUAA